UUUUCACCUUUGAUUUGCAUAUAUUCACACACACUCAUAUAGGUGUGUGUGAAAUCAAAGGUGAAAAAACUUGUGGGGCAGUAUCGCAACAUGUAGCAUCGAAUUUAUCAAUUUUUCCGAGCUAAAACGAUGCUGAACUUGGUUAGACCAAUGGUGAACACAGAUUAAAAGAAAUGAACUUGUUCUUAUGAAUUGACUUGGAAUUUUACGUCGUAGUCCAAGCCCAGCACCCACCGGCACUCAUUUCCCAAUCCCAGUAGCUUCCGCCAUAGCGAUGCAAGUAUCGCAAAACCCCAAUUUCAUCUCCAUUAACUCAAACCUCAUAAACCCUAGCUUCAUCUCCUGCAAUUCGAAUUUCCAAUCUUGCCUCAAGUUCAAGACUUUGGGAGUCUCCGGCUCAGUUUUGUCCUUCAAGUCUACAUCCAUCUUCCCGAACAAGCUCAACAGUACUAGACGUCGCCGUUUUGUUCCCUUUGUUGCAGCCUCUGCGGCUAAAAGGUCCUCCACUCCUGAUCACUAUAAAGUUCUCAAUGUCAGUAGGAAUGCCACUUUGCAAGAGAUCAAAGCCUCUUAUCGUUCACUUGCUCGGAAGUAUCAUCCUGAUAUGAACAAAGGUCCUGGAGCUGAAGAAAAGUUUAAAGAAAUAGGUGCUGCAUAUGAGGUUCUCUCAGACCCUGAGAAAAGAUCUCUGUAUGAUCGGUUUGGGGAGGAAGGUUUAAGGGGAGGAUUUGAUGCAACGGGUGCUGGUUCACAAGGGGUUGACCCCUUUGAAGUUUUCUCUGAAUAUUUUGGUGAAUCUAAUAGCUUUUUUGGAGGAAGUGGUGCAUCUAAUAGCUUUUUUGGAGGAAGUGGUGCACAAAGAGGCUUCAAUUUUGAUUUUAGAGAGAGCCGCAAUCAGAAACUUGACAUUCGACAUGAUAUAUAUUUGAGCUUUGAGGAAUCAAUUUUUGGAGGAAAGCGUACAGUUGAAGUCCCCUGUUCCGAGACAUGCGAGAGUUGUGGUGGAACGGGCGCAAAAUCCAGAGAUUGUCUAAAGACGUGUGCAGAAUGUAGAGGUAGUGGACGGGAAGUAAAAACACAGAAGACACCUUUUGGCGUUAUGUCUCAGGUGAAUGCCUGUCCAAAAUGCGGUGGUGAAGGGAAAAUAAUUACUGAUCGGUGCCGAAGAUGCAAUGGUCGUGGUGAAGUUAAAGCAAAGCGGACUAUUGAAGUCAUUAUUCCACCUGGCAUUGAUGAUGAGUCCACCAUGAAAGUUCGAGGAGAGGGGAAUAUUGACCAGAUGAGGGGUGUAGCUGGUGAUUUGUAUCUGUUUGUCCAUAUUGAGGAGAAGAAAGGAAUUCGGAGGGAUAAAAUGAAUCUAUACUCAAAAGUUGCAAUUGACUUUACUGAAGCCAUCCUAGGGACUGUUAAGCAGGUGAAUACUGCUGAUGGUAUGAAGGAUCUUCAUAUUCCUCCAGGAACUCAGCCUGGAGAUAAAUUGCGAUUGCGAAAUAUGGGUGUUCCAAACAUUAAUAAGCCGUCCAGAAGAGGAGAUCAUUAUUUCACAGUUGAUGUUCAGAUCCCAAAACAUAUUAGGUUUGUUAACAAAACUUAA